AUGGGUUUCUCCUCGUCUGACUCAAUCGGAUUCCAUUCCGGAUUUUGGGAUCACCAUUCGCAGCUUACGAAACCGGUUGCUGCAAGCCUCUCAAAUUUGAAAAAAAGAGGAUUCUUCGAUGAAAAUGUGUGCAGGAAAGACGCACCAAACAAUGGGAAGAUAGAGGAGUUCAAAGGACCGCGCAUAUAUAUGGGAGAUCUAAACCCCCAAAACGACAUAUGUGAGUAUGUUAAGUAUCUUAACUUCAGGGAUGUCAAGCAAUAUCUGGCGGACAAGGGUGUCGAUACCGAGAACAUCUCAUGCGCAGACUUGAUCAACGACUAUAAGCUGAUAGAAAACUUGGCGCAUGUGCAGCAACUUGUUGCGUUGACUCAGCACUAUGAGGAUCCCGAUCCCACCGCUUUCGUUGCCAAGGUACCACGUAAGGACGAUAUGGAUAUAGAAGAAGCGGAGAUGAAGGCGGCUUCAUACCUUGCAUAUGGGUCAGAUUUCAAGAUCAAAUACGUGGCGCCGCCUCUGGCAAAAAAAUGCCCAUCCGCGGCAUACCCAAGUUUCAACCUCUUGUUCGCCACGGUCAUAGACGCAAUCCAGGGGUUCCUACGUGCCGAAGCCGAAGACAGUAAAGCAGCAGUCACAUACCUCAAGAGUGCGUGCCUGCAUUUGCAGCUGUUUACAGGCGGGGCGGUCUCAGGAGCACAACUUGUAUAUGACGUUCUGCAGGAUUAUGGUACCAUGGGGUACGUUUUAAUAGAUGACAUGUACAACGGAGCACCACCGCCAACAAUGAGAGACGCUAUGGAAAUGGCGAAGUAUGUCAUAAAGGACGAGAUGCGGCAGCGCAAUGUCUUCAAGCCGGACCUUGCCAUAUCCCUUUCCCCAGGAGGUUUCCUGCUUCCCAUGUUCGUGGGAUUCGUCGACUACCUCAUGGAGCUUAACAUCAUGAAUAUGACGGUUCCAAUAUCGGGCAGCUCCGCGGGGUCCAUAACAUCGGUUGUUACCACCAUAUACAAUAGGAACAGGGGCACUCUGGACGAGGUGUUCUCGCCGUUGGUUUUGGCAUUUGUGCCAAAAGAGCUAUACAAAACACUGAGCGAAAGGAUCGGCCCGGUACAAGUCAAUUUUGGCGUUCGCAAAGAAGGUAAAUUCGAACCAAGGUAUGUUACGUUGGCUGAGAGCAACGAGGCGCUCCUGGACGCCGUCAGGGCCAGUUCGAACGUUCCUGGCUUCUUCACGGUAGGUGCGAUCGACAUGAAUGGCGAACCUGCUUACGAUGGGCUGUUUGCUACCAACAACUUCUUUACGGGGGCCACCAAGUCGCCGGGAAGACGAACGGUUAGGUUCAAUCCCAUGCCAUUGGGUAUCGGAAGAGCUGUCGGAUCCAACCUGAUGAACUCCGUUGCGAACUCGUUCUUACAAAAGAAGGACAUGUACUACAUUCACUUCAUUAGGCUCAAAAGUCUUAUCAAGCAAAUGCUGACACGCAGAAUGGAGUACAUGAGGUCAGACAAGAUGGAGCAGUGGCAAGAGGAGAUCCAGCAAUGUAUGAAGGUCUACAAUGCGAUGUCUAAGACUGGCACAGGGAUAGCCACUAGUGAAGUGGAAACAUGGGUGAAAAUGCUCAGCACGAAGCCAGGCGAAACUCAAAGCGAAAGUGGGCAGCAGGAUUGCGCUUUGACAAGGUUAUUCAGGUUGGUAGUGGCAUCGGAACGGGCCCUAAAAAUAGGGGCGAACUCAAAGAAGCAUGCUGGAGGAUACAAAGACAAGUUGGGACGUAUCAGCCUAAUGAGAACUUUCGCCAACCCCGGGCAGUCGAAGUUUAAUGGUGUUGAGUUCCUGUCCACUCCGUACACGCUCAUUGAGUGGCUGUCAUAUGAAUGGGAGUACGUAGGUGACGCAGAGGCCCCAAAGAGUCCUGCAGAAGAGGAAAUUAAAGUGCUGAGAGACAUACUACACCACCUAACGCCGCCCUCAUCAUUCACGUAUCACUUCACCGACUUCCCCUACAUCCUCAUGUCCGCCCUAUGCACCCUCAAAAACAUCAUUCCUGCUUUCUACCCCGCAGAGAAGCAUACGGGCCGGCACCUGUUCGACACCGGUAGGGCCAUAGGCUUCCGGUGGCUGCUCGCAGAGUACAUCGCAUUCGAGAACUGGCUCUACCUCAGGAUCAGGCAGCUGACUGAAGAACCGGAUUUGGCCAUAUUAGAGUGGCAAAAGGUUACCCCUAAGGCCACCGAGGAGGCGCGUACCAGCAAUGUGGAACCCCUGCAUACCCGACAGUUCAACCGCUUGGAGGGCACCGUUCGGUUGAUGCGCAAGGAGAAGAUUGAUGAGCUUUUGGAACACUUUGAAGAACGCGCCGCUGUCAAAGACGCACACAAACUGGUAUUCCAGAUGCAGAACCGCCUUGUCAGACGGGCCCUGGCGUACGAGGUUAUUAACCCGUACUUUUUACACAUACUCGGCCAUCGGCACUUCUGGGUCGAGUAG